UCUUGAAAUUUUGCACUUCUAAAUGCCGUGAUUCGUAAUAUUUCGGAAUUCCGAUAACAUCAGGUACCAUUUUUCUCCUCUUUCAUUCCAUUCCUACACUGCCUAGACACAUUUGAUAAAAAAUUUGGAAAAAAAUCGGUCGUAUAUACAGGGUACAACUUAAUUUACAGCCUGAAUUUUUCAGUUAUCGACGAUCGGACAUAGUCUCUCAAAAUGACUAUCUGCUUCCAUCCUCGAGUGAUCACAUCUUCAAAGGGAUCUUUUUUAUUCACAUAAUUAGUUCACGCGCCACCGCUGUGAAACAUUCCUGUGGAAACCAAUCAAUCCUCUUUGCCCGUGAUCUUGAUAGAUUUUGAUUUCUUGUGAUACAUAGCAGUUCCACACACCUGUUGCGAGAGCUCACAUGAUAUUUAGCGCCUCUUAGGACGCAAUCUGUCAAAUCAAAACGAAUCAUGGCAUUAUUGAUAUUCACCAUCAACUCCUGAGAACAUAAUUCUUCCUGAUGGAAACCGACGAUGAAGAUGUAUUCGCCUUGGACGAAGAGGAGGACGAGAUAAUCGAGAUUCCCCAGGUGUAUAAUCCUGUAGAUGAGAACUUGAUAAAACAGCUGACCGAGGUGGAGGAACAGAUUGAACGUGGAAAGAGGCAGAACGAUGAAAUCAAGUUGGUCACUGAUAAAAUCCUCGAAAAACUUCAUAAAAAGGCUAUGUACUAUGACGCUGACAGCUCUGGCACUGACACCGAUUCCGAGCGUUACGAUGAGGCUGGUGUGCCUGUACUGAAACGUCAGAAAAGGAAGAAAAGUGUAGGUCCACCUGCCCUGAUUGUCUCUGGAGUAUGGCAGCGAGUAGUGGAUGACAAAUGGGUCAUUGGUGUUGAUCUUCAGAAUACGUCGACUAGGGUGCUGGUGGAACCAACUGUGUACGUGAUGAUAAAGGGUCAGAGGGAGUUGCAGGGUGUCACGUGCCUCUGGGAAAUGACGGAGGCAGCAUUGUGGAAUAGGAUAGAGAAUGUGACUCCAGAUGUUGGACAUAAGGUGGCCACUGUAGUCCUCGAUAUGCCGAGUUUCGAGGAUUGCGAAGUUAUCGAGGGUCACGGUGUCAUCAGUUACGAGAUCGAGGGCUAUUAUCUCCAGACCCCAAUCGAGUCCUUCAGCAUGACAGCAGCUCAGGCCGUUGACAAGUCAAUGACACCCAGACACUCGGCUGUCCUCGAGAAGAGUGUUCUGGCGAUAAAAGCAUCUUCUGUCGAGACAACUGUUAGUAUUCCACUGGGACAGGAUCUCGGGGCUAAACUCAUGGACUUCAUGGAAGGGAAUGGAUUCAAUGAGAUCUUUCCUGAUGUUCAUGUCUCUAAGCACACGGAGAUGCUCAGGCAUUGCAUCAUUGAAAUACUCCUGGGGGAGGACGACGUCAAUUUGAGGAUUUCAGCCAAAUCAACAUCACAAGUGAACAUAAUUCUUCACCUCCUGAAAACAGAAAUACCAGAAGUAACAGAGAGAAAUAAAGGCGACAAAUUGCUCGAGGCGGCGAUCGCACUAGAACGAGAGAUCGAAUUAAGAUUAGAGGGGCUCAACCUACGUAAAAUACUCAAUGCCAGUAUCUUCACAGACUUGCUCAUCCCAGAAUAGUCAUCAAUCCCAUGAUUACAUAAUAAAUGAACCCAGUGAUAGAACAGUAGUUCAGAGGUGUUUAAAAACUCAACUAGUAUUUUUCAAAUUAUUUAUUUUGUUAAACUAUAUAAAGCACAUAUUUUAUAAUAGAUGUUGCGAGUGAGUAGAGUGAGUUUGAGUGAGUGUGAGUUAAUGGAACUCGCUGAGCACUUUUCUUAUUAUUUUUGUUUCAUUUAUUUUUCGAUAAAAAAUAUCAUCAUUACGAUCGGCACAUUGUUACGUACCUCAAUCACUCAUGUUCUCAUUCAGUCACAUUUUCAUCGUUAUCCACGAAUCAGUGACAUGUUCUAUUCGAUCAAUAGCUUUGAUAUCCCUGAAGCUUUGAACAAUUCCUACCAGCAUAUUAAGCAUUAACAAUUUCAAUGAAAAUAUACGUGUUUCAAUGCAACAACUCUGUCGGUCCGGCUAUUUGAAAACGAUAAGAAUAAAUACAUAGUUUUUUUUCAUAUUAAAACAUUAAGAUUGACUGAUUAAUCAACGAUGUUUGUCAAUUAAUAUUCAACAUUUUUUUUCAAUUAUGCCGAUUAAUGAUGACAAUUCAUAUCCCUUUCAAUCACCACAUUAGGCAACAAUACAACUCAUCGAUAUUUAUUUUUUUGUUUCAUGACGUUAAAAAGAGGUAGAUGAGUAACGGUGACAGGAUUUUAUUUCGAUUUUUUGUUUCUCAAAUGCUGAUGAAUAAUAAUACUAAUACUCGGCCGUUAUCUCGAACGCAACAAAUGAUUUUUUGACUCUCAUCUGUCGUUGGGCACCGAAUCGUUCAGUAUCGCAGUUUGCAAGAAAGUGAAAUGAUAAUGGACAUUACUUUGUUUUUACAAUUUCUUAUCAUUACCCAUUAUUAUUUAUUGUUGCAGGCUGGAUUAUUCAACGAUUCAGUGGGGUGCAGGCCCAGGCAUCCCUCUUUAUUCCCUUUUACACUCUAGGUAUCGUUACUUAAUGGCUCAGUCUAUCUAGUAUCGCAAAUAUCACUAAGUUUUUUUGUCCAUAUAACACUAGUAUGGCAAGUAUUUUUCAUCAUAGUUUUUUUUUGUUAUUCCCUUCUGAGGCUCUCCAACGUGCAUAUAUUCUUAUCAGCCACAAAAAGAUAAUUGAUUCUUCAGUUUUCCUUUGAUGGUUUUAACAGAAACGUCUGAUAGGAUGAGAACAGGGGGCUAUCUAUUUACAGGGUUUUCUAAUUCCGUUAUUGCGAGGGGAUAAUUCGUUAGGCCUUUACCUUCGAACAACAUUGUGUGCCUAAUUAUCCUCUUUCAUUCGUCCUUAGAAAUUCCUCUCACUCGAUUAUCUUUUUCUUUCUCGUUAGAAAACAAAUGAUUCUGCUAAUUGUUACUGGUUACGUCUCAUCGACUGGUUAAAAUCGGUUCUCUAGGCAUUUUUUUAAAUCUGUGUUUUGGGUGCUCAAGCUCAAGCGAAUUGCAAUUAUUUUUUUUUCUCCAGAACUUUGAAUUUUAGGGCAGAGUCAUUCGUUGGUUCAUUCAGACAGGGAUUUGUUGGGUCUAAUUACAUGUUCGAUGCUCACGAGUGGCGAAUGCAGGAGACCAAGGGAUGAAUUGGUAAUUAGUGGAGACUAAUUAUGUUAAUUCGUUGGUUCUUCAGCGUUCGUGGGUGAUGCUUCACACGUAGAAAAAUAAAUCGUAGAAAAUACAUAGGAAAUUCUGUCUUCGUACAAAGUACACGCGUGCGACGAAAGCUGAAGAGCUAUUUGAUAAACACUCAUU